GAAAUCUUUAGCCUCUCCCCGCCCACUCCCUCUAAGUGACUCCUGGGAUUGACGGCGGCGGGCUGUGGCGCCGUGCCCUCUGUUCUGGUCCGUCGUCGCCCCCGCCGCCACCAGCGCCCGCCCCCCUUCAGCGGCCGCCCCCCUUCAGCGGCCGCCAAUGAGAGACGCCUCCUGCUGCGGCGCGCGGCGCGGUCAAUUUCAAACGCGAGGCCCCUCCAUGGGAGACGAGACGACCUGGGGCGGAAAGGAGCCAAUGGGAACAGGGAGGUAGCUGUGCCCGGGAAAACAGCCCGCCACCUAGCGGCCGCGGGGCUGGGGGGGGGGGGCUGUGUGGGCCUCGCAUCAUGGUCGCUGUUCAGCGUGGCACAGUGUCCCAGGCCACUCGGUUUUACAGCUCGACACUGCCCAUCUUUGUUACAGUACGUGGAGCUGGGGGGAACUUGUCUGCUAACAAUAGGAUUGCGCUAGGCAAUACGCGAGGUAACAAGGGAGAAAUAAGGUGCACUAUUUUUUUAAUAUUGAGGUUAAUUAACUUCGCAGACAUCUGCUAAACUGAUGGCCUCUCUGUCUCUUCAACUAGCUGGACCAGAACUAAAGGACAACAUGAGAAAACACAUUCUUUAAACACAUUUCUCACCCUAGCUCAGUUUAGAGGUAAUCUGUUGUAAAACACUGGCUUUUCCUUUCCAAGAAGCCUGGAAAUGAAAAUGUUUGCAUGCUCUAUCCACUUUCUGUUUUCUGUCUUUCCCAUACAUUUGUUCCAUAAGCUGGGUUUGUCUCUGGCCUUUGCCAUAAAUUUGGCCAUUGCAUCAGCUAGGUUGUCAGCCAGAACCAGCUACCAUAGUGUGGACUGCAUCUGUGCCAUUGAGUAUUCCCACAUUACGUCAACCCUUAUCCAAAAAAGUAUGUGGAAAGAAACACAAACGUUGGCAUUCUCAGAAUCAAAGAAUGCCCUGGCUCAAAAAGAAUCUUACAGAUAGCCUAGUCCCAACCCUCUGCCGUGGACUGGCUGUCUCCCACCAGAUCAGGCUGCCCAUCCAACCUGCCCUUGGGCACCUCCAGUGGUGGAGCACCCAUGUGUUCUCUGGACAGCAGUGCUGGGUCUCACCACCCUCUGAGUAAAGAAUCUCUUCCUAACAUUUAAAAUAAAUUUAGUUUAAUACCAUUCCCUCUUGUCCUAUCAGUGUCAGGCCGAGUGAACUGUCAUCCUCCAUGUUGUUUAUAAGGCUCUCUCAAGUACCAGAAGGCCUCAGUGAGGUCUCCCCAGAACCUUCUCCAGGCUGAACAAGCCCAGCUCCCUCAACCUUUCCUCAUGGGAGAGGUGCUCUAGUCCUCUUAUAAUCUCUAUGGCCCUCCUCUGGCCCCCCUCCAACAGCUCUGCAUCCUUCUCAUGCUGGGGUCCCAGGCCUGGAUGCAGUACUGCAGGUAAGGAAUGGAGCAUUUCAUAGCAAUCUCUUUGUUUGACGUGUUAUUUCUAUGUAAAUAUUUCACCAUAGAACAAAAGAAAAGGAAAAAAAAAAAAAAAAAGAGGCUAGUGAACUAUAUGGGGAUAUUGGACCAGAAAGUGAGAGAAGACAAGCUCCUGAGACACCGCUUGGUCACAUCCUGCCCUAUUAACCCUUGGCUGUUUUCAUUAUUUUAUCACUAUUUAUUUAUUUAUUUUCCUCCAGGAGCAAUUCCAGGUGCCGUGACUCCAUAGCUAGGAACCUUAGUUCCUUACCAGUUACUGCUAGAAAAAGGGAGAGCACUAUGAAAUUUCUCGGUGCAAAAGGUUGUGUAGUUGACACCUUUUGAGAAGGAAAAGGAAAUUGGAAAGCUUGGAACAAAGAAUCUUCUUAAAAGAUAAUGCGUUGAAGCAUUUAUCCUGGCAAUUGUGUUAAAUUAGAUAUGUCACUUGAACAUAUUUGGUUUAAAAUAAAUUACUGCUUUGACUUCUCAUUGAUAAAACUUGAUGUAAAUAACUAGUAAUAACUAAAUAGCUCAUGUUUGUUUGGGUUGAACACAUUUUGCUUUAUUGGUAAUUGUUUUUUAUUUAUUUGAAUAACCAACUCAUGUUGUAUUUCCUUCUAUUCCUGUCUGUUAUAAUUUCAGGAUUUCUAGUGCUAGUCUAACUAAACUGCCCCCAAAACAGCAGUGUUUGAAAAAGUCCCUCUUGGUUAGGGUAUCAGCUGUCCAGCAGUCUGCCAUAACUGGACUCAGAGCACAGGAUUCAGGUUUUGUGCUGUUGGAGCAGCUUUGCCACACACAUUUUCUGCUGGGACCUGUCCUACCUGACAACCAUAAAAGUUGUAGAGGUUGUUUACAAUUCAUCUCAGUUAGCAGUAGUACUAAUGAUACUGUGUGAAAGUCCAUCUAGUCACGAUAUCUUUCUCAGAACUCUGGAAGUUGCUGCAACCUAUCUGCAAAUGAAUGAACAGCAUUUACAGAGACUAGUGGUUUGCCAUUGUCUUAUAAAAAGAGUUAAUCAUAAGAAUAAUUUGUUUCAAACUGGAAUCACUGUUUUCGGAAAUAAUAGUAACAAUGAACACUGCACGUUGACAAUGGCAUUAAAUAUUUAACUCGAAUUGUAAAAUGUUUUUACUCUUAUGUUUAGCUUCCAAUGCAGACUAUUUUUUAUGAUAUUUACAAGCACAAAGCAUCCUCCUAGUCUGUUAAAAAUGGUAUAUAACAGGCAAACAGUGACAACAUUAGCUCAUGCAUGCGGGUUAUGUCAUUGUAGCUCUCUGUAACCAUGUAAGCAACUUAUAAUUUCACUGACAGAUACAGUCAGCCUUCAGUUCUUCUGCUUCUGGUGUCAACAAGUAUGCUGGUCCACACAAGACAGGGGAGUCAGGAAUUAAGCGAAAUGUCUCCAAGAUUUCUUAUCUUUUGCUUCAGACUCCAAAGUGCAGCAUGAGAGCUCUUGGUUUUUGAAGUACAGCAUUACAAUUGGCAGAAGGAGACAAUUGAUUGGAAGGAAAUUACAUGUACUUCUCCACUGGUGAAUUUCUUUUUAUGAGUUUGUUUGUUUCUUUUUUUUUUUCCCAUUCUUUUAACCCUCUUAAUAAACAAAUAACCUCUUCUAAGACUGAAAUAAUAAAAAGUCUUCCCUGUGGAACCAGAGCACAGGAAUUUAUUGUCUCCUGAUAUUUCCAGGUGUGUCUGUUUGGUUCCUUUUCUAGCAUUUUUUAGAAAUCAGUAAUUAAAAUCAAGGCAUAAGGUAUCAAAAUCAAUAAAAGGCAUCAUAGAAAUGUAGUACUGGUUUGGAGCUCACCAUCUAAUCCAUUCCUGUAUCAGAAGAGGGAUCUGAUCCACCUGCAAUGUUCAUCACAACUGCUUUUGUGAAUUGUUUAUAAACAUCGUCUGUGAAAACCCUUUCUAACAUAGCAGCCCCAUCACUUAUCAUAUUGUAUAAUUAAGAAUUUUUUGCUUGUUUUCAACAAGUUUUCAUUUUCCUCAUUAAGCCAAAUGUUUCUUGCUCGGUCUUUUCAGACAGUAAAAUAAAUUGUCUGUGUUCUUAAUAUUCUUCCGUUUAUAUUGCUGACUGGCUCCACCUCAUCAUUUAAUUAAUAAAUUAAACAGUGCCCAUUCUUCAAAGUCUUUCUCAGACCUUGUAUUCUGUAAAGCUACCAUUGCUACCUUUUUUUUUUCCCCUGGACCUCCUUUCCUUCUUAUGCUGCCAUAUCUAAAAUUAGGCACAGUGACUUCAAACUGUGGCUUCAGCACUGCUAAACAGAGCAGAAUAAUUAUCUCCUGUGAAGUGCACAUAAUAGUCCUGUUAAUAUUUUGCAGAAUUAAAUUUGUCUGGCUUUGCUUUUUUUGGAUCUUCAUUUGUGAUCCCUAAUUCGUGAUGCACAGUAACUACAGAAACUCCUUUUCUACAAGAUCCUUUUGUGUGUGGCUGGCACACUGCUAGCAAGUCAUCAGCAGGUUGGAAGAAGUCCAUGUAGUAGGGAUCCCAUUGUGACCAGAGCAACCAUAAGUUCUGGAAAGCAUUUUUUAUAUCUAAUAUUGGAUUUUCUCUGGGACACUGUCACAUCAAGCAAAGAUUGCUCUUUCUGUCCUCUAACAGUCAUCUCAGUUACUUGACACUCUCACUAUAUUUUUAAUUAAAUACUUCAGCUGUGUUGUUUUUCUCAACCUUUCUUGUAACCCUCCUUUUCUAUUGCAAUGGCAGGUUUAGAAACUUAACUUCUAGGUAGUACUUAAAUAAACUAUUAGUGAUAAAAUAUCAGCUCAAAAUUCCUCAGCAAUUAGAAAGGUUAGUGUAAAGCACUAAAGGAGCAGGAAGCAAUGGUUACUGACUGCAGCAUCAGCAAUGACUAAUAGCAGGCUUGUUGCCACUGUGGUUGUCUGGAGACACCAGCACAGCUCUUUGCUACAUCACCGCCUGAAUACUGAAGGCAGCUCUGUUCACUGAAUCACAAGAAAUCAUGAGAUAGGAAAGUACAAAGAGAACUCACUAGGAAAAACUUGAGUUGUACAAACAGCCAGACAAACUAAAUCUGAUCGAAAGUGCAGCUGAUGCAGCACCUUCUGUGAGUGGCUGAUAAUGGAGUUCAAGAGAUGGAUAUAAGAAUCAUCCUUGUGGGCACUACUGUUACACCCUCCCAGCCUCCUCUAAGUUGUGAAAUCAAUGAAUAAGGAAAACCUGCCAUUUGAGGAAGAAGUGAAUGGAUUCUCUAGCUUAGAAAAGUGACACCUGAACAGGAAUUUGAUGAUACCAGAGUGUAAGCCACAAAUGGUAUGCAAAAAAGUGAAAAGUGUAUGGAGAACAGUAAUAAACUACCUUGUAUAACAAAUUAAAAAGUUUUGGAAAUCUAGAUUUAAAACAAUCUAAAUGCAAACCUUUUCUUCUUGCUUUCUUUGCCUAGGUAAACUUCUAUACUUAAACCUUUUAUCUGUGUAACAAGGCUCUUGCUAAAUUUAAGUUACCUAGGAAACUCCUUAUCAAAGAUUGUUGCAGAUGCCAAGAGGACAAAGGGAUCAAAAAUGUGAAUUUAAGUAUAAAAACAUACACAGGGUUUUUUUUUUUUCUAUAAGCCACAGGCUGCUGGCAGGUGAGAGUUUUCUAUUCUGCCUCAUUGCUCUUAGCUGCACAAGUGAGCCAAAGUAAGCUGAGCCCUAGGCCUGGCAGGGUGCAGCUAUAUUUGGGGCCCCCCUGUCACAGUUGCUAUAAUCUCUCCAGUGUCUACCAGCCUGUGUAUUUUUAAGAGCAGAUUGCACACACAUGCUAUGUGGGUCACAGCUGGAGUAGGUGAUCUCUGCCGCUCCCGCAUAGCUGAGUAGAAUUGUCUGUCUGCCACUCCAGCUGUCUGCAGGGGCUCAGCAGUGGCUUUGCCAUGGCCUUUGAAUAAGGAAGGUGUUGUAAUUCUUCUCUCCUAGAAGCAGAGCAGAGUAUCUGUUAUCUGGUAUCUUUCUCAUGCCUUGGUAUUGAUUUUAUGGCUGUCAGUUAUAAAUGUUGCUUUGCUUUUCACGCUGGAAGGAGAAAGCACCCCAGAAGCUGCUCAGAAGAUGGUAAUCAAAAGAAUGUCAGAACACAACCUCUUUGCUGUUUUACUCAUCCUAUGAUGAGUUCCAGCUAUUCUCCUUAAAUCAUUUUUUAAUUACUAUCUGAUCAUGAAAAUCUGUAUAAAGGGCCAAGUCAAAAGUGUAUGGACCCUUAAUAGUCCAAUAGGUAUUGUUAACAUGUAUCAGUCAGAUCACAAUCUGACCUUUAGCAUUGGGUUUAUGUUAAAUAUGUACACAUACAAAGCUUUUGUCUUUUUUUCUCCCCUAUCUCCUAAUGUGCUGGGCAUUUACUUCACAGAAGGUAAACAAGCAUCUGCACCUGGAGAUUAAAUUGUUUAUGCUGUGGAUUGGCAUUACAAACUUAGCAACCAAAGUACAGGAACUAAUCAGAAAGGUAUGUAUAAGACCACAGUAACAACACAGAGGGCCAGGCCUAGAGAUACUGUCAGUGAGAGGCUAGCAACCAUUAAGGACAGACAAAUGCUCAAGCUCAGUUACUCUUAUGUGGCCAUCGCAACCUGCAGCACAAAAACACCUUGAGAGAAAUGGCAACAAGAUAUUUGUCUAUGUUAUGGUGGCAGACAUCUAUAUUAAUUUUUACCUGAUAGUGAAAUUGAAACAUUUAUUUUCUUCUCUCGUUUCUCCCAGUCUUGGUUUUUGAGUUUUGUUGUUGUUUUGGUUUGGUUUUUCUUGUUUUUUUUUGUUUUUUUGUUUUUUUUUUUUUCUAACAAAAUUCUUCUAUGAAGAUUGUGGAGUGGAAGAAAGGAGCACCAAAAACAUAUCUACAUUUGCUUAGCUAUUUAGCAUGCUCUUGCCUGCCUGCUCUUUCAUGAGUCUACUACAAUGACAGAUCCUUCAUGGGUGGAUUGCAUGGCCCAGAUGAAACUCAAGCUCCUAGAAGAGAGACUGGAAAAUGAACAGAAGAACCUAGAGAAGAUCGAGUCACCUCUCCCAGCAGCAAGGAACAGACAUGAGUAUAUGCUUCAGAGUGCCUUGAAACGAAGGAAAAAUCUGCUGCAGGAGCUUACGGAGCAACACCUUCUGGAAGAGCUGUCGAAGCCUUCUGCACCAGCUGGGGGACCGUAUAGGAACUACGGUGCUGGUCCCCCACACAUCUACCAGAUACCUUUUCCAGCACCUCAAGCAGAAACACCAAGGAUUAUCCAACAGGCGGUAAGGAUUGUCACUCCUAGGAAGCACUGGCCAAAAUUAGCAUUGACUUCUCCAUUUUCCUUUCUUAUCCAGAUGCCUCCUCAGCCUGCCACCAUCAUCCAGCAGCUCCCACAGCCGCCUCCACUGAUAGCACACAUCCCCACUGCCCAGCCUUUUGCAUAUCCUCGCUCUGGAAGCAUUAAAGAAGAUAUGGUGGAAAUGAUGCUGAUGCAGAAUGCACAGAUGCAUCAGAUCAUCAUGCAGAACAUGAUGCUGAAGUCUCUGCCACCGAUGGCAUUUGCACAGACUGCCAGAUCCAGCUAUCCCCUGCUUCAGCACACACAGCAGGGCCACCAAAACCCCUUUGCUUAUCUCCAACAAGGACCUGCAGCUCACCGCUCCUGUGGCUGUGAAAACAGAUCGUCCCUGGCUGUCUGCAGUGCAUCACCACCACCACUACUCUCCUCCAGGGCUGCCCCUCCAUGCCAUGCCUGCUGGGGUCCUGAUGCCAGGUGGCCCACAUACUGACCGCAUACCUUCCCCUGAAGGUGGACAAUUGCAUCGCUGAGUUCAACCUGUAUUUGAGCUGUUCCUAAAUCUAACUGACAGUCAGUGCAUCUGCAAAUUAUUGGUACAAUAAUCAGGAGAUCAGAAUCAGGAAAAAGUCUGGAGAUCCACAGAACAAAUGUACCGCAUGCCUGUAGUCUGCUCACCCCUUUCUGCCAGUGCAGUUGUUUCCUCUCAUCUUCCAAGCCCAGAGCAACAGCAGCACCACUCUUUUGCCCUCUUUCCAAAGAACCAAGACAUCUUGUCCUGAAGAGUCCCACAGUGGCCCCAGGGCAUGAAAUAAACAUAAUGCUAAUGUUGUCUAAACUAUGGCAAAUGAGUAUGGCUCAGCUUCAAGACUGAGUCCCCUUCAUGUGUCAUUUGGAGAAAUGCCCCUUUGCAGCUGCCAUCAUGGGGAGGGUAACACAAACUAACCCAGGUUUCAUAAAUGAAAACAACUCAUCAACCAAAACAUUCCUCCUGUAUUGGGCUUACAUGGCAAGGAUUUGGUAGCAGGAGGACUGCAGAGUGGCCUCUGAGAAGAGCCCAGGAGCAUGUGAUUUUUUUGUAAAUCAUAGAAUGGCCUGGGUUGAAAGGACCUCAAAGAUCAUCGAGUCUCAACCCCCCUGCUAAGUGCAGGGUUGUCAACCACUAGACCAGGCUGCCCAGAGCCACAUCCAGUCUGGCCUUGAACGCCUCCAGGGACGGGGCGUCCACAACCUCCCUGGGCAAAGAGCAGCACUCUCUUCUAUUUGCUUUAGUUGGGCUAACAGAGCUUGUAGUAUUUGAAUAAAUAAUUUUCAGUAGGGAAAAGAAGAAAUAAAAUUGCUCCUGCAGUCA